AUGUGGUCGUACCCGCCGACUUUAAGGCAAAUGGCCGUAACCGGCGGCAUGUUUGUCGUCGGUGCUUCGUUGUUCGGCGCCGGAGCUUAUCUUUCGUACGUUAACGUUGCUCCUCAGCAGGCUCGCGUGAAAGAACGUAGUGAAGCGAUGAGGAAAUAUCUCAGGAAGCGCCUCGGUGAUUGA